AUGGCCCAACUUUACUACAAAAAGGUGAACUACUCGCCCUACCGGGACCGCAUCCCACUGCAGAUUGUACGAGCAGAAGCUGAGCUCUCUGCAGAGGAAAAGGCCUUCCUCACUGCCGUGGAGAAGGGUGACUAUGCCAGUGUGAAGCAGGUUCUGCAUGAGGCCGAAAUCUACUACAAUGUCAACAUCAAUUGCAUGGACCCCCUCGGCCGCAGCGCCCUGCUCAUUGCCAUAGAGAAUGAGAACCUGGAGAUCAUGGAGCUGCUGCUGAACCACAGCGUGUAUGUGGGCGAUGCCUUGCUCUAUGCCAUCCGCAAGGAGGUGGUCGGGGCUGUGGAGCUGCUGCUCAGCUACCGGAAGCCCAGUGGUGAGAAACAGGUCCCCACUCUGAUGAUGGACACCCAGUUCUCAGAGUUCACCCCAGACAUCACGCCCAUCAUGCUGGCUGCUCACACCAAUAACUAUGAGAUCAUCAAAUUGCUCGUCCAACGCCGGGUUACCAUCCCCCGGCCCCACCAGAUUCGCUGCAAUUGUGUGGAGUGCGUGUCUAGCUCGGAGGUGGACAGCCUGCGGCACUCCCGCUCGCGUCUCAACAUCUACAAGGCCCUGGCCAGCCCCUCUCUCAUCGCCCUGUCCAGCGAGGACCCCAUCCUGACUGCCUUCCGCCUCGGGUGGGAGCUCAAGGAGCUCAGCAAAGUGGAGAACGAGUUUAAGGCUGAGUACGAGGAGCUCUCCCAGCAGUGCAAGCGCUUCGCCAAAGACCUCCUGGACCAGGCUCGCAGCUCCCGGGAGCUGGAGAUCAUCCUGAACCACCGUGAUGACCACGCCGAGGACCUGGACCCCCAGAAGUGCCACGACCUGGCCAAGUUGAAGGUGGCAAUCAAGUAUCACCAGAAGGAGUUUGUUGCUCAGCCAAACUGUCAGCAGCUGCUGGCCACACUGUGGUAUGAUGGCUUCCCAGGCUGGCGACGUAGACACUGGGGAGUCAAGAUGUUGACCUGCAUCACCAUUGGCCUUCUGUUCCCCAUGCUGUCUAUAGCCUACUUGGUCGCCCCCAGGAGCAACCUUGGGCUCUUCAUCAAAAAACCGUUUAUCAAGUUCAUCUGCCACACGGCCUCCUACCUGACCUUCCUCUUCAUGCUGCUCCUGGCGUCCCAGCACAUAGUCAGGACAGACCUGCAUGUGCAGGGGCCGCCGCCCACUGUGGUGGAGUGGAUGAUACUGCCUUGGGUUCUAGGUUUCAUUUGGGGAGAAAUUAAGGAGAUGUGGGAUGGCGGCUUCAAUGAGUAUAUCCAUGACUGGUGGAACCUGAUGGAUUUUGCCAUGAACUCACUCUAUCUGGCAACAAUCUCACUGAAAAUUGUUGCCUACGUCAAGUACAAUGGUUCUCGUCCCAGGGAGGAAUGGGAAAUGUGGCACCCAACCCUGAUUGCAGAAGCCCUCUUUGCGAUCUCCAACAUUUUAAGUUCCUUGCGCCUCAUAUCCCUGUUCACAGCCAACUCCCACCUGGGGCCUUUGCAGAUCUCCUUGGGGCGCAUGUUGCUUGACAUCCUCAAAUUCCUCUUUAUCUAUUGCCUGGUCCUGCUGGCUUUUGCCAAUGGACUGAACCAGCUUUACUUUUAUUAUGAGACCAGAGCCUCUGAUGAGCCUGAUAACUGCAAGGGGAUCCGCUGUGAGAAACAGAACAACGCCUUCUCCACGCUUUUUGAGACCCUGCAAUCGCUUUUCUGGUCGGUGUUUGGACUUCUGAAUCUCUACGUCACCAAUGUCAAAGCUAGGCACGAGUUCACCGAAUUUGUGGGCGCAACUAUGUUCGGGACAUAUAACGUCAUCUCCCUGGUGGUGCUGCUGAACAUGCUCAUUGCCAUGAUGAACAACUCCUAUCAGCUCAUCGCCGAUCAUGCAGAUAUUGAGUGGAAAUUUGCCCGAACCAAGCUCUGGAUGAGUUAUUUUGAUGAAGGAGCCACCUUGCCACCUCCCUUCAACAUCAUCCCAAGCCCCAAGUCCUUCUGCUACCUCGGCCAAUGGUUCCACAGGCAUUUUUACGCCAACCGGGGCUCGGCGGAAAAUGGAAAGAAGCAUGGGAACCUGAAGAUGUUCACUGAACGCCAUUCUGACAGCCUGAUUCAAAAUCAGAAUUACCAGGGAGUGAUUCGGAAUUUGGUGAAAAGAUAUGUUGCGGCCAUGAUCAGAAGUUCCAAAACAAAUGAUGGACUAACGGAAGAAAACUUUAAGGAGUUAAAGCAGGACAUCUCCAGCUUCCGGUAUGAGGUGCUUGACCUCUUGGGCAAUCGCAAACCCCAGCGGAGGAGCUUUUCCACAAGCAGCACUGAAAUCUCCCAGAAGGAUGAUGCCAAUGAUGGCAGUGGGGGGGAGAAGGCCAAAUCUAAGAGUGUCUCUUUCAACCUCACUGGCAAAAAAAGGGACUAUGGCACGUCAGCCCCAAUCAAGACUACAUCCAAGACAAGUAGUGGGGGUGCAGCUGCUGCCCCCACCCCUCAAGUGAGGCCGAAAACCAGCGGGCCCAGUAAGCACUCCUUUAUGAGCAACCCAUUCCAGAAACUGUCAAGUUCCAAGAAAGAGUCUUUCAAGAGACUGGGUCUCUUGUUCUCCAAGAUGAAUGGGCAUCUGGCUGAGCCCAGCGCGGAGCCAAUGUAUACGAUUUCAGAUGGAAUCAUUCAGACCCGCUAUACGUGGCAAGACAGCAGAUAUUCCCAGAUGGAUCCAGAGAGGGGAGAGGCUAGCUGUUCAAAAAGUGAGAGCAACCUCUCAGAGGCGGAUUUUGGUGGGGGGGCGUGUGCCCCCAGCACUAGUGCAAGGGCCUCUGGGCAGAGCAGUGAAUGCCCUCUUGCGUCCUCCAGUUCUCUCCACUGUUCUUCUAGCAUCUGCACAUCCAAUUCCAAACUGCUUGACUCCACAGAGGAUGUGUUUGACUCGUGGGGGGAGGCUUGUGACUUGCUUAUGAAUCGAUGGAAGGAUGGACAGGAAGAGCAUGUCACAACUCGGCUCUGA